AUGAAUAAAUAUGGAAGAUGGUUGAAAUUUGUUUUUAUAUCAGUUUUUUAUUGGAUACACUUACAACAGUGUGUGACUAUACAAAUCAAUAUACUCAAUCAUAAUACUAUUCCCAUUAAUAAAACAAUUAUACCAUUUACUAACAAUAGUAUACCAUUUACUAGUAUCAAUAGUAUAUCUUCUAAGUUUGGAAGUAUACCAUCCUCGAGUAUCAAUAGUGUAUCUUCUAAGUUUGGAAGUGUACCAUCCUCUAGUAUCAAUAGUAUACCAUUUACUAAUAUAAAUCAUGUACCUUAUAAGUUUGGAAGAUUAGGAUUUAUUAAUACUAAUGUUUUAAAAUUUACAAAAUUUAAUACUAAUUACAAUUUAACUGAAUGUAAAUUAGUUAAAGAUAAAUCAAUUACACAUUUGGAUAAACAACAAACUCCGUUACCGAAUGAAUUAAAAAAACAAUCAUUAACUACAAACUUAAGUUUAUAUGUAAGUAAAUUUCUGAAAAAUGUUAAAGAAUCAAAUCCAUACAAAUAUUUAACAGUUAAAUUAUCAAAAUUUUGUGUUAUGAUUUUUGGUUCAGCAUUACAUACACUUGUAUUAAGUAAGUGUAGAUUUGUAUUACCAUAUCAAUUAAUUCCAUUUAAUUCUGGUCUUGGUACUGAAGUUACACUUGAUACUCUUAUUUCUAUACCAAUUCUAUACUAUAUAUUAAAAGAUUAUACCUUUACACAAUCAACUUUAGAAACUAAUAAUUUAAAACCAAAGUUAGAAGAUAAUAAUUUAAAAUCAAAGUUAGAAGAUAAUAAAUUAACAAAUAAAUCGAAAAUGGUAAACAUUAACCAAACAAGUUUGGAUGAAAAAUAUUUUCAAUUACCUGUUAGAUCAAAAUUUAAAAUUUCAAUGGUAGUUACAUCACUAUUAGGUUCAUUUAUUGUUUCUUCAUAUUUUUCACAAUUUAUUGAUAGUUUAUUAUUAUUAGUUUCAGCAUUUGAUUUUCCAAUAUCUGUUGGUAUGUUGAAAUCAUUUUCAGUAAUGUCAAGUCAUUUGUUUUGGGUUUUUAUAGGCUCAUUAAUAUUGAAAUCUUGUAUGUUUCCAAUAUUUUCCAAAUCUAAUCCUUGGUAUAAAUUAGAUUUGAGUAAAUUAUGGGUCCAUCAAGUACUCAUGGGUUAUUAUUCCUCAUAUACUAUAUAUAAACUUGCAGAUAUAGGCUAUUAUCUAUUUCUUAAAUUUUUUGAUAUACAAAAUCAAGUUAGUCUGACUGAUGAACAGAUUUCUAAUAUUUGUGAAACUAAUGAAACUAUACCAAUUUUAAUAACUUCUAUAGGACCAUGUCUUACAGCACCUUGGUGGGAAGAAUUAUUAUAUCGUGUUUUUACAUUUAAAUUAUUUAAUUCAUUUUUACCUACUCUCUAUUCUUCUAUCGCAUCAUCUAUCAUCUUUUCAAUUAAUCAUCUUAGUCCUCAUUCAUUUCUACAACUUUUCUCACUUGGUCUUUUAUGGUCUUUUAUUCAAUUAAAUAAUGAUAAUAUAUUAAUCACUAUUCUAAUACAUUCAUUAUGGAAUUCUAGAAUCUUUUUUGGUUCACUUACUGGUAUAUAA